GUUCCAGCUGACUGACGGCAAACGCGAGGAGCGAGGCAGAAAAUAGAGAGAAGCCAGUGUUUGAAAGAAAGGAGAGAGAUAGAGAGAAAAAAGAGAGGGAGAGAGGGAGGGAGGAAAAUACCAGGCUGCAGCCCCAUCUCCGCGGCGCGCGCUCCACCGGAUUUAUCUUUAUUUUUGUGGGAUCGCCUCUUGGUUUCUCCUACACAUCUCAUCUUCUGUUUUGUCAUUUUGUGUCUCUGUGCGUGUGGAAUAGCCGCUGAUCCUGUCGUUUGUGCUCGGUGAAUGUGCAGGCAGUCAUCAGCGCUCAUUGGGCUCUGCUUCGCCCCUCAUCCCCCUCGGAGGAGUUCACAUUGUGCGUCCAAGUGACCAGACCACCCUCCACAAACUUACCCGGGCACUGCGCCCCGACUCUGCCUCGCGCCAGCCAGAUUUAAGGAUGAUUUAAACCCUCUGUGCCAACAUGGUGCCAUUUUGGAGAUACAGCAUUUCUUGUGUGUUUUUCGUGCUAGUUUUAGUCAUGUCAGAUAGAGCUGUCAGCCGUGGAUCUUGUGCGUAAACACGUCAGAACUCGCAGCUUUUGACGUCGCGCCUGUCAGUUAUUCUGCUAAUUGGAUUAUUGUGAUCUUGAACUUAGAGGCUGCAGGUUGCACUCCCCUGAAGCCCGCCUCCCCGCCGCCCCCACCUCCCCGUGGAAGAAGUUAUGUCAAGGCCUCUCACGCAGCUCCUGCCUCCGGAUCUCCCUGCAGGGGCCACUAGUCCCCAGUUUGGGGCCAGUAACCCCGCCAUAAGUGGCCCCCAAGGAAGUCACCUGACCUCUAUGACCAACCUCAAAUCUCUGCUGCAGCUGCCAAUCAAAGCCGACUCCAGAGCACCCAAGGACUGCUGCGAAAUGAAAGACAAAGACAAGCCCCUGGACUCCGAUGAGGACUCCCUCGGUGGGGGUGGAGUGGGUGGUCCCGGGGGAGUGGGUGGGGGUCUGAGCUCUGGCUCUCUGCGCUCCUCCUCUCAGAGUGCCUUCCUGGGCCCCCUGCUGUGGGAGCGGACCCUGCCCUGUGACGGGGGCCUGUUCCAGCUGCAGUACAUGGACCUGGAGGAAUUUCUGACGGAGAACGGGAUGGGCAUGCACAACAAUGGCCCGAGCUCCACCAGCGCCCAGAUACCCUCCCAGAGCUCCCAGUCGGCGGUGCCCAGUCAGAGCUCACAGUGCCCCCCCUCCUCUCCUCCGCCCUGCUCCUCCUCUUCCUCCAUGUCCUCCUCCUCUUCAUCAUCCUCUCUUCUGGGGCUGGAAACCGUUCAACCGCAGCAGCAAGGCAUGAUGGGAGGCCCAGAGUGUCUACACGGAGGCCAGUCGGUGCCACAGGACCCCUCUCCCUCCACCACCUGCCCCCCCGGGCCCCCCACCCCAGCAGGGACCAACGGCAGCUCUGACAUCAUGGUGAACUUUGACCCCGACCCCGCGGACCUGGCCCUGUCCAGCGUCCCAGGACAGGAUGCGUUUGACCCUCGUCGGCACCGCUUCUCCGACGAAGAGCUCAAACCGCAGCCGAUGAUCAAGAAGGCGCGCAAGAUGCUAGUGCCCGACGAGCAGAAGACUCCUGCCUUCGCCCGCUUCUGCACCUGCCUCUACGCUCCAACUCCAGCCUCCGUCCGCUCCCGCACCCGCCUCUACUCUCCGGUACCGUCAACUCCCUCUGCUCUGCCUGUCCUGGUCUCUGGCGUCCCGCCUGCCUCUGACUCUGGGUCCCGCUUCCUGGACUACGCCGGUCCCGCUUGUCCUGGUCUCGUCUCCGUCUCCCUCGUCACUCCGGCCCCGGCUUCCCGCUCCCGACCCGCUCUCCGUCCGUCUCGUCUGCCUCCUGCUUCCCGGAUCCUUGUACUUGUUAUUAGACUGUUUAAGACUGCUUUUCACUAA